AUGUUUUAUGACGUCACGGUGAAGGAAUGCAGCGUGGAACUUGCAAGUUAUUGUAUAGGAACUUGUAAGUUAUUGAGCUGUGAACACGCCACAAGUUGUUUGUAUCAGGAAGCGAAAAUGAGUUUAAUUCUAACAGUUUUUUAUGGGAAAGAGAAAUGCCACAACGUUUACCUAGAUCACUUGCAAGUUGAUAAUUUUAAAAGUCUUGUACUGAUAAUACGGCAAAAAAUAUCGUUCCUAAAUUUUAUCGCCGAUACUGAUUUACGACUUGAAUACGAAGACGACGAAGGAACGUUUGUCAGACUAGAAGAUGGCGAUAAAGAUGCAUUUAUGGACGCUUUACGCUGUGCUAAAGCUGUCGAAGGGACUGACAGCCGUCGCUUAAAGAUUAGAGUUUCUGAAUCGUCAACGCCACAACGAAAAUUGCAAAAGUUGAGUUUUAGCCCCGAUGCUGUGUUAUUUCGUGAUGUCUCUACAAACAAGGAUCUCUCCUCCGAUUACUCUGCCUACUCAAUUGCUUCGCCUGCGACAAGUUCAGCAUCAAGUUCAGCGUCUUCUCGCCCUGCGAGAAAACAACUGAAUUUUGAAGCUCGAAUGCCAUCAUCAACGACAACGACAACAAAUCCACCGAAAACGAUCAACCAUCGUUCACCACUUGAAAGGUAUCUGGCGGAUGCUGAAACACAAGUAUCAAAACAAGCUGCUACGGUACAAAAAGCUCAGGAUAGAGUCGAUCGAUUUGAAUUAGCCAUCCCAAUCGUCGCGAAGCCGAAGGUAUCUCCAUCAUGUGGGUUAUGUCAUAGAAGGGAAAAACACAAUCGUGUCAAUUGCCCUUACAAGCCGUACAAAUGUGAAUCUGUUUUUACUUGUGGUGAUCUUGAAAAACACAAAGAUGAAAAAGAUGAACUUAAACGCCUUCAACAGGAAUUGAAUACGGAGAAACAGAAACUAAAGAAACUCGAAUUACAACUAAAGUGUAAAAAAGAAUCGCAGACAAAGACAGUUAAUUCGUUCAACGCGAAAAUGAGAAAGCGGCUUGUUGCAAGUAACGAAGCAAAAUACUUAUCAGAUGGUAGGGAAAACUGGAGAGUUAUCAAUAUGGAUCUCAGUCUACUAGACCAGCAUUUCAAAGGAAAAGUCCCAGAUGAUAAUAUAGAUUUGCAAGAGGUUCUUGAAGAUAUACGCAUCCGCAGACUCCCGGGGUCUAAACAUUGUGACCAGGUCAAAGAAUUGUGGAAAAUGAAGGGCAUAACAUGGCCAGGGUCUUCGACAGAGUCUGCAGGCUGUAUCGGGGAAAGUCGAUGUGAAAAAGGUUCUAGUUCCACUUCGUCCAAAUUAUAUUCUCCUGCAGACAAACAUGAAGAAAACGAGCAGUUACAAAUUGCAUUGAGAGAGAGUCUUCACAUUAAUAAACAACAUAUAAAUAUCGAGAAUGAAGCGGAGACGCAACCAGCGGCGCCUAUAGCUAUGCCCAUCGAAACAAAAGAAACUUAUGACGAUGAGACAACAGCACAAAUGUUACUUGACAUUCUGUAUAGCAGUACCAAAGAACAAUCCGAUUCCGAUGAAACUGUCGACGAAAAUUAA